AUUUCUUAGUUAGCUUGGGCUGGCAAGAGAGAUGGAACAAUUGAAUCCGCACAGUGUUCUGGUGACCGGUUCGAACCGUGGACUUGGCUUGGAGCUGGUCAGGCAGCUGGCAAAGAAAAGCAACCCCCCAAAAUGGAUCUUUGCCACUUGCCGGGACCCGGCUGGACCCCGUGCUCAGGACCUGAAGAAUUUGGCUGCUGAACACCCGCAAAUUGUCAUCAUGGCCUUGGAUGCGGAUGAUCCAUCCAGCGUCAAGGCUGCCGCAGCCAAAGUCACAGAAUGCGUAAAAGGGGCUGGAUUGAACCUCCUGAUUAAUAAUGCCGGGAUUGCCAAUGGGAGCACCUUGGAGACUGAAACUCCAGAGAGCAUGGCUGAGACCUACAGAACCAAUGUGAUUGGGCCCAUGAUAGUUGUCCAGGUGUUCAUUCCUUUGCUGAGGAAAGCAGCCAAAGGAAGUUCCCUGAAAGGCAUGAGCUGCAGCAAAGCAGCCAUCGUCAACAUUUCCAGUGAAGGAGGUUCCAUCACAAAUGUCCUUGAAUGGCAACGGGGCCACAUCAUUGCUUAUCGCUGUAGUAAGUGUGCUCUGAAUAUGCUCUCUAAAUGCCAGUCCUUACAUCUUGCCAAAGAUGAGAUUUUGUGUGUUGCGUUGCAUCCUGGAUGGGUACGGACUGACAUGGGAAAUUUAUUGGGAACAGCCCCAAUGACACUGGAGCAGAGUUUGCGAGCUAUUCUGAACACCCUUGGCCAUCUCUCUGAGAAAAAUACCGGCACAUUUAUUAACUGGGAAGGGAAUCUUGUGCCCUUGUGAGACAACAAAGAUUCUGCUUCUCUGCACUGAAAGAUAACUUUCUCAUCAAAGGCAAUGCAGAUUUCUAUCUUCAGUGCUCAUUAUCUCCUGCUCUGCUUCGUCUGCUCCAACUCUCCCUUGCUUCAGGUAAUGACUGGUGCCUAUAAAAUGUUGCUCAGGCAGGCUCUUUCAAACUGCAGAUCCCAAUGAUAUGUCUGAAUUACUUCUAGGGAUCACUGGCAGCGGUUGCAAAACAGCCAUUUCGUAAUAGAGAAUUUUCUUUCCAGAUGUCUAGAAUCUAAAGCAUACAUUUAAGAGAUGCCUACAUUGAAGAGGAUGACUUUUUCCCUCAAUACCACAUCCGGGGAUGCGAGUCUAGACAUGGCCUGUACUUCUUUUGCAAAAAGGCCAUCUGGAACAUUUUAUACUUCCAAUAUAUUAAUCUAUUUUUUUUAAAGGCUGUUACACAUGAAAUAAAACUGAUUAAAAAUC